UCUUCCUUCCUUUCUAGGUAGGGGAGAAGAAGCUUGAUAUUAUAAAUGAAUGUUUGGAUUUGCUACAUCAAAUCAGUCCGUGAAAGUGGUUAUGUGUGUUUAAACUUGAACUUGACUUCACCAUGGGAAUCUCGAAGGAAGUGAUUAUGUGUGUGACCGUCGUUUUGGCAGUAUCCUGUGAAAGUAGUCCUGUAGCUCUUCACAAUUAUGCCCCAGCUCAUGAAUAUAAAUCAACUGACUACAGCUUCAGCUACGGUGUCAAGGAUCCACACACAGGAGACGUGAAGAAUCAAUGGGAAGAGAAAAAGGACAAUGUGAUACGAGGAGAAUAUUCUCUACUUGAGGCCGAUGGCUCCACAAGAACAGUCCAGUAUACAGCAGAUGACAAAAAUGGUUUCAAUGCUGUAGUGAAGUAUGACCAACAUUCAGUCCACCCCAUCACUGAGUCUAAAGGAGCCGUCAGUCACAAUAACGUGCACUUGAACCCUGGUAAGGAAUCCGCUGUUGCAUACAGCACCUACGCCAACAAAGUAGAAGGUUCGAACCCACUAGGACAAUCUGAAGUUCAGACAGUUGUUGAGCACGAGUAUAAACUACCAGAGAGCUAUACCGAAAUCCAGAACUUGGCUGUACAACAAUACAAACCUAUUUCUGAAAAUCAACAAGCCCAAAAUGAGCAAGUGCAGCACCAACCAACAUAUCUUUACGUUCCUCAGCAAGUAACUGCCUCAGAAGAGAACAAAUUGGAUCAGGGGCAAACUCAAGCACAAAACGCACAAGUGCAAGCUUACUACGCCUAUGAAUCUGAACAAAAUAACGCGCAAGCUCAAGAUGAAGAACAGCACGAAUCUCAACACCAAGAAGUGAAACAAAUUAUAGAAAAUCAGAAGCAGAUAGAUGGUAAUGUGGAAUAUGCAGUGAGCAAUAUACAAGCUCAACUACCUCUCGAUCUAAACGUUCUUCCUGAUGCUGCCAACAAAGUGCCAGUUGACAUUAAAUUACUAAACCCGGUUAAUAUAGACCUGACUCAGCUUCUGAAGGGCAAUGAUGGAAAUCAAGAGUCAACAACUGGAGAGGCUGUCAAGUACUCCACAAAAGACAACAGUGUACAGCCUUCUUACCAGUUGACCCCUGAAGAAGUACAAAAGUUCAUUGAAGACUACAAUAACAAACUUAAUCAGCCAGUGUAUGAGACAGGGUUUGUUCCCAUAACAACUAAACCAAAUCAUCAAAUCACACAGCCAAUGGUACCAAACACCUACAGGAGUAAUUUGAAAGUUAAUAUGACUCCAGGCCUCAAACAUUACUCCUCUAGAGGUAACAGCAAAUUCAAAAAGAGUAAAUACGAAGGGUUUGUUUUAGGUCAACAGCAGCUUUUGCCGUUAUUCUACACUGCAGGGGAUUUGAGGAAAAAUAACCAUAGAUCAGAGUACUCUAGACUUCACAGAUCUGUACCAAACAGGAAUCAAUUUGUCAGAUACGCUAAACAUUUUCGCAUUUUGAAUUAGAGGUCUUGUAGUUUUUCCUAAGAAUUAUGUUUUUGUUAUUUAUUUAUUGUUAUUUAUGUUAGUUUUUACGACAUUGAUUGAUAUUCGAUUGGAGAGAAAUAUAAUUUUUCUAGAAUCAAACUAGAGGUAUGAAGUUUUGUUGCUGCAAUCAACAAUACUUGAUGUAGGUAUUAUUGGUUGACAAAUUCAUGGUGAAGUCUUGUACCUUUAUAUUUAAAAUAUUUCUGUUGUUAAGUUUUUCCUAUGUGCAAUAUAAUUGUUAAGUUGUUGGAAUAUGUUAUGUUGUUUUUCUGUUUAAGAAAUAAAGCUAAUGAAUUGAUUUUUGAAAAA